GCAUCGAAGUCUGCGCCGGUUACAACUCCUUGCACAGCGACACACCCUGCACCGUCGCCGUGUAUCAACCAGCCGCCAGCCGACCGGUCAACUGCUGGGUCGGAAAUGCGGGCAGCAACAUUACCGUAUCGACGCUCGCUUCGUCUGACAAUGUCGAUAUCGCAGUCUUGAGCCAAAAGCGAUGAUAUUGAGAUUCACUCUGGCGAUACAUUCUUAUUUUCUCCACCAAAUAUUGCUCGAUCCCUGAAGCACUCUCUGCGCGAAUUUCGACUUCGCUGGACUUCAUAUUCUACUCAUUUCCAUCAGAGCGCCCUCCCAUGCUGCAUUGCAAGCGCUCCUUGUUACCUUGAUCUUCGAGCAAGCCAUUCCUCAAAUUAAUGACGCUAAACAACGAAUAUGACACAUAUCCACUUCGUUCUGCAUUUCACCUUGAGUCAGCACCGGGUCUCUUGCGCACAACGCGGCGGGGGGUCCUCCCGGAUCGACCUCAUCGACGACGAUCCAAUUCCAAAAGAAGCCCUCAUCGGCGCGGGCACCUCUUCUCGCCGAGACUUUGCGCGCGUGUCGCUAAAGCGCCUCAUCUCUACCGAAGGAACCCCCGACUCCAUGAUGCCGUAGAGAUUUCCUCUUCCACAGGCGAAUCGGACCGGAAGGAAAUCCCGGCUUUCUCAUUGCCACAGCAGGAUCCUCAAGAUAUCGGGCUUCUCUGCCCACCGCGAACCAAUCACCGCUCUUUGACGGAAAUGAAGGGCUCUGGCCCAUCCGGGAGAUCUGGAGGCCCGAGGAUCUCCCCGUCCGUUCUUUUUGAUCCCUUUUCCCCGAGAAGCGCAGCGACGCUUCCAUUGCGCGACGCAGAUUUUUCCCCAAGAUUUGAGUCUCCUCGACGGGAGAUUUUCUUUUCGGAGUACAGAAGGGGGACGGACGAGUCCAAGUCAUGCGCCCGCGCAGGCGAGAGAAAGGAAAACAUCACCGCGACCGUUCCGGGAAUCGCAAUCCGCGCCUCUCUUCCCCAGGAGUCCCCGUCUCCGUCGUCGUCGAGGAAAUCGCCUCGCGGACGAGGGGACGAGCGGCGACACCGCCCCGGGGAAGAUCAAAUUCCGUCCGAGAACAUCAGAGAAGAAGUGGGACUCGGGCAAAGGGGCGAGCGAGUGUGAACGGAUCUUUCCUACCGGUGAGGGGAGAAGGACGGGUGGGUCUCGCACGUUAUCCCUGCCUUUUUUGUAGAAGGAGAUCGGCACAGGCCGAUUUUGAGAGGAGGACGGACCCAUGUAUAGAGAAGAAAA